AUGGUAGCUGCGCUUACUCCUUUGCCAGUAAUUGGUGUUCCUGUACGUGCUUCUACAUUGGACGGAAUCGAUUCACUCCUAUCAAUUGUGCAGAUGCCAAGGGGCGUCCCAGGUGCAACAGUUGCUGUAAACAAUGCCACAAACGCAGGUUUGCUGGCUGUAAGGAUGUUGGGUGUCGGUGACAGCCAUCUAGUAGCAAGAAUGAGUCAAUACCAAGAAGACACGAGGAGCGAUGUCUUGUUAAAGGCAGAUAAGCUAGAAAAAGAUGGCUGGGAAUCUUAUUUAAAUCCUUGAGAACCAUAUAAUUUCUUUUGGUGAUAUGUAUUCAUUUUUGUCAUUCAACAAAUUAUAUUAUGGCCAACCU